UAAUAUCGGCACCUAGCUUGAUCACUUUUCUAGUAGUAGACAAUCUUUGGGUACGAGAUGAACUUCCUCGUAACUAUCGUCGUGGUAGUCACUGGAAUUGAAGGAGGUAAGAGAUCAAUUUCUGUUUUUUUCGAAAUUUCUGACUUUGUCACGGCGCCAGUACCUUAUGUGCUCUCUACCAAGGAUGACUUGAAUACAUAUUUAUAUUUUUAAUAUUUAUUUAUUGUAUUAAUUUAACUAGAAAGAUUCGAGACCUGAUAACAUUUCUGUAGCUCCAAUAAUCAAACACAGUAGGCCCUCAAAUAGGUGGUUUUCACGUUACGUCAUCGCCGCCAUGCUGGUGGACGGUAAACAAAAGAUCGCUCAUUAGCUCGCUUUGUUUGUCCACCAGCAUUUGUUCAUUUCACCAUUGUUAUNAGACGAAGCCAGAAAUGUCAAAACAGUCCAAUCACUUGUGCGCAAAGUUGCUAAGCGCGUUAAUUAGGGAAAAAACAGCUAAAUGUAGGUUAUCUUCUUGACAAUUAUCAUAAUAUCGGCACCUAGCUUGAUCACUUUUCUAGUAGUAGACAAUCUUUGGGUGCGAGAUGAACUUCCUCGUAACUAUCGUCGUGGUAGUCACUGGAAUUGAAGGAGGUAAGAGAUCAAUUUCUGUUUUUUUUCGAAAUUUCUGACAUUGUCACGGCGCCACUACCUUAUAUGCUCUCUACCAAGGAUGAGUUGAAUACAUAUUUAUAUUUUUAAUAUUUAUUUAUUGUAUUAAUUUAACUAGAAAGAUCCGAGACCUGAUAACAUUUCUGUAGCUCCAAUAAUCAAACAUAGUGGGCCCUCAAAUGGGGUUCACCUUCACUGAUCUUCAUCGACAUCAUUCUGGUCUUAAAAGUACAGUUUUCAUGAAUGCUUUUGCUUUCCCAAGCGCUUUUUUAACCACCUGAUUUGAGUUUACAUGCAAAUAAUUUGUCAUGAUGAGUGUCAUUUACGACAUCCGGCGGUAGUUUAUUUGUCGGAUGCCAGCGAACGUAAAAAGCUGGCAAGCGUGAGGUAACUUUAAUAUCGCGGAAACCAAUGUUGCAAUUCCAUUUUAAAAACAAACUUCUAUAAUUAAACUUACCGGCUACCUUAAGCUCAAUAUAAGAGAGGUAUAUUGACCCAGCAUAUAGAAUUGAAAUAGAGGGCCGGUUGACUUAUGAAAAUGCGGUGUUAGCAGGGAUGUAACACGGAAGCAUGUCAGCCUUAAAGUCCCAGUCUAGAAACAACUUGAAACUUGAUGACAAAAUAAAUCGGCCACAAGAAGAAAUCUAAAGCGAGAUCUCUUCGUCAGUGCUUCCUUUGUCACAAUGCACCUGAGAAAUAUAAUUUGGGGGGUGGGGGGGGGGAGGUAAUGCAAUUCAUAGACAAGGCUGAAAAGCUCUUGCGAGAAGAGAAUUGUUUCAGUAAACCAUCGGACGCCCACGUUCUUCAGGGAAAAAAAAAACUUCUGAAUUUGGUCAUUUGACGAUGCUGCUGUAGGUGUGCUAGAAAAUGUAUCAAAAAAAAAAACGCGCAUGUAAUCGAUUAGGUAUUUUGUUAAUUCGCUUCGUCUUAUUUGGGAUGAAUUUAUUUCCAGCAUGGGCCUUUGCCCUUUAGAUUUGUUUGAUGUUUUAAACGACGGCUACAUGCGCGUACUGUAAAUAAAUACCAUCUUUGUUUUUUUAGCUUUUACCUGCCACGGUGUGCAUGGCUUAGAGGGCUAACAUCCCCAAGGUAACAAAAUAAUCAGAGCGCAAGUCGAAUCAUUAAAAACCGAAAUGCCUCAAAGAAGCAGAAACCGUGGCGUUUUGAAUAAUUACAAAAAAAGAGUUGCAAUGACGUCGCGGUACUGACUGGUUAAUUUUUUAGCCUGAACCUGUAAUUGAACAGAAGUAGUAAAAUGAUGUUAUCUUGCAAUUAAAUGGUUUCUAUAGAGCGUUUUCACAUGACCUUACGGCGGCCAUAUUGGUGUUCCAAGACAGGGAAAACAUCAGAUUUACUAGAAUACAUAUUACAUGUGUUCCUUAGUGCAAGUUCUGGGCGGAUUGGAUCAAGUUUUACUCAGCCCAACGUAACUACAACUAUAGCUAUUCACAAUCUCGUCAACGUUCUCAGAGAAAACAAAAAAUUGGAAGAAUACCUUUUACCCUUUAGAUAGAAAAGGAAAGAAUAUUUUCCAAAAUUUCACUCAGAACAUGCAUCUUAAGCUUAUACGAAGUGAAUUUCUGACUGUCAAGGCAAAAAUCUUGCCAGUGAAUAAGGACCCUCAAUAAGGUGUAAGCGAGGUUUGCAAUGACAUCAAGUUUUCAGAUCAUUUUGUAUUGAUGAGACUAUUUUGUGGAACAAGAUGCAACGCUUGCAGUCAUCAGAAUCAUGUUGCCUAGGCAUAGAAAUAAACACAGUUCAUGCAGUCGAAGGUCAAAAAGACCCAAAAUAUGUUUGCCCUUUACCUCUACGUUGAAGUGAAGUAAAAUUUCUUGUACCAUAAUCAGGAUGCUAGUAAUUAAGAACCUGUGGGCUAAAUUUUUUUCGGAAAGUAAGAAAAAAAUUGGGGAUCUAGAGUAGCGUAUGUGUGUUUCUUUACUCAUUGUGCAGUACGUCGUAAUUUCCCAGUUCUAAGCAUUUCUCAUGCAUGAGGGAGGAGGCAUAAGUCAUUUUAGACUAGCAUCAAACACCUUUAGUUUUCCACUAAGGGAAAUGUGGACCAUCUUUGAUAAAAUACAUAGCGGCCUGAAUUCAGAGUAGAUAGCACAAAAAUCACUUAUUUCCCGUUUUUAGCUAGACUGAGCGGAUCAAACUCUAUUAUAAGCUAUUCAUAUUCGUAUACGAUUGUCAGUUUCCAAAACAAGUUGCUAAUUGAAACCGUUUUAUCUAAUAACGAAACGGACUUUAUUUCUUACCUCUUAAUUCUGUAAGAAAAAUUACUGUAAGUAAUUUCUGUUUGAAACGCGUAAUGCUCGUACCUGGUACAAUACACUAUAACGAUGCGCGAUAUUAAGGGAUAAACCGGAACAAGAAGUCCACACUUGAACUGUAAUGGCAAAAAACACUUGACUUGGUUCGAUUCUUAGAGUAAAUUUUAAGAAACUUAGACUGUUUUAAAGCGAAAAACUGUUAUUCUGAUUUUAUUUUAAAAACACGCACUGCAGAAAUCCUCACCGAUUGCCGGAAUUUAUGGAGGCAUGCAUUGGAACACGUAAUGUACCCAUUCCCUGCCAUUCUGCCAAUUGCAAUCACAAAUUGAGAUUGACAGGCUCACAGGCUCACAUUCUGAUCCAGUGAAGUAAAACUGUUUUCUUAAAUCUCAGCAGGAGGCCUUCAAUUAUCAGUUAUGAUCAUCGAUAUCUUUACCGGUUAAUUUGUUUUUCACAGCAUUCUUACAGCUGAUUCCAUUGCUAUGUAUACACCCGGAUUUUCAGACAUGAUUCGACGGCCAUGAUUCGACCUGUGAUGAUUCGACACUAAUCACGUGACGUAUCGCUUCGCAGUGGGUAAACGGUUGCAAAAAUUAUUGAGAGUUCUGCCGUGGGAUCCGAAGCAGUGAGGGAAAAAUCUGGCUGGCAAGGAAAGCUUAGCACUAAAGGACAUAAGUGUAACGAAGCUAGAAUCCUGACAAAUGCGUUUUACCCGAAGAGGAAAGCUUUGUUGCCUGGAAAGCGGCGACAUGAUACAGAAAUUAGGAUAACAUGUGAUCGGGUGAUAAACCUGGAGUUCGAUGUAUUUCUGAAGGCGAUUUCAUAAUGGACGAAAUAUUAUCAAUACGGCGAAAAGCGAAAUAGUCCGAUGGUUUAUCGUUUAGUGUUCUUCCGUUUGACAAGGUUUCGGUAUUUCGCCGUUGGUGAAUACCACCCGCAAUUUACAUGUAACAGUGAUGCAAAUUUAGUUAUCAGGGAGGCAAAUUUGUAUUUCUUCAAGUUGGUACUUUUUGGUCCUUACUUAGCUUCUGCAUGGUUAAAAAAUAACAGGAAAACUUGACUUUUUGCAGAAGAAAUCAACAGAUAAAUUGAUCAGUCUGCCGUUGUGAAAGAAUUUGCUGGAGAGUUUGAAAGUUUUGUUUUGUCGACCAUUGAAAAAUAUCACAAUGUUCGGUCCUCGACCUAUGACCCUAGUGAGCACAAAUAAAGAAAACCAUACAUAAAAGAAAGCAACAUUUGUUUUUAUUGAAAAAAGGUAAAAUAUGAUAUUUCUUUAAAGAUCAAGGUAGAAGCUCAAAAAAAGUUGGGAAAAGAGCCGAAAAACUUAUUGAUCGAGACGUCCAUACGCCCGAUAACAUGUAUUGCGAUUAGAUUGCGUGACUUGUAUGAGAGGCUGUUGUCUGAAAAGGAGCACAAAUUACGGAUCACGCUCCUCUUUUUCUGAAUUGCAAGAGAAACAUUCAAGUUAUCAUUAAAGUAACUUUAAGAUUGUGUGCUUUGAUUCCUGUAGGAUAUUCAACGUAAAAUACUGUACUGCUUGGUAACCUCUCGGUCGAAUCAUGACGGUCGAAUCAUGACCGUCGAAUCAUGUCUAAAAAUCUGGGUGUAUACACAGCACUGAAAUCAGCUGUAAAUUUACGUUAUAACAUGUUUUUCUGGUGAUAUCUGACUGAUCAAAUGCAAGGUAAUCACUAAAACGGUCCAGUCCUAAAAUUGUGCCAUUUUGUACCGGGGGUCGUUUGCAGUCCUGAUAAAGAUGACAAAACAAAGUUUUAAAAAGUGAUUUUUCUCCCUAGCUAGCAACUGUCCCGAUAACCACAAAAGGAGGAACAUUAACAUUAUCGUGCUCCAGGCCUAAGACUCGCCACUAACAUUAGUCUUAUUUACAUGAAAAGGCUUGGAGUUGAAUGUUGCAACACUCUUAUCCGAGUGACAGUACAAUUUUUUGGAUUACAAGAGUAGGGUAGCUUUAGUAGUAGCUUCAAUAUCCCGAAACAGUCCUGCAAGCAACGCUACGAGUCCUCCAAAACAGACUUUACCCGUUAGGGACAAAGUGAAAGAGCAAGCGACGUAUAAAUAUUAGCAAGGGGUAAAUGUCUUGAAGGCAUACUAAAUCCCCUUUUAUAUCAGUAACGAAGGCUAAAAUAUGUUUUGUGGAAAGCGUGUGUAAGUCAGGCUUGUCAACUCUUUCAAAGUAUUUCAAUUGUACCACACAAUUUGUGAAUUAGAAUAUAGGAAUACUAUAAAUUCACUUUAAAAAUCGGCUGAUCAACAAAAAAAGUGCACCUGUGUAGCCUGUGGGAAAGGGGGGGGGGUGUGCGAGCGCACCCGUCUUCCCCCCCCCUUCCUACGGGCCUGCAAUGCAUAAAGGUAAAUUUUCUAAUCCUGGAUCGAUCCUCGGCUCAUCUGCUUAAUCUCAACAUAGAAAAAUAGAUUAGAAAGGACCCUGGAAAAGAAUGGCAUUUCAAAACAUAGGUGAAAAAUCAAUUGUAAGAAGUGGAUAAAUGAUCAUAAAUGAGGCUUUGAUGCUACAAAGGUGUAAAGAAACAGGGGUUUGACUGCAUUAACGUCAUUGACGUCAUCUUUUUUCAUUGCAGUAUUUGCCGUAAGCUGCUACACAUGUCAGCCCAACUACGCCAACAUGGCACUGUCCCUAAGCAAGGGGAAUUUGAGUGGCUUAAACCUUUGCAAUAACCCCACCGACAGUUUAGACUGUUGCCGGGAUCCAAAUAUGGCGGGUCACGCUGACUCCUGCUACAAAGCUAGCGUUACGUUCAAGGUCAACAUGUCACACAUAAAUAUCGACCAGUUCACGUACCACAUUCUGGACUGCACAGUACAAUCAAAGUGCAGUCAGCUAAAGAAUCUAAUCUGCAGAACGACUUCAAUACAAGGAAUGUUUCCAGACUACAAGCUUUCGCAAUGUGAUGUCAGUUGCUGUGAGGAGGGUCUGUGUAAUAAUCCCUCGGGACCUUCGCCCGCUGCAAAUCCGUUGCCAACAUCUGUGAAGAGACGCUGCAAGAAUCCGUUGGCACUUCAAGGAAUAAGUUCCUCGGAUUCGUACUUGUUAAGCACUCUAACCUCAGCGAAAGGCGCUUCACUCCGUAUCAUUCUGAGUUUGACUGCAAUGACCUACAUGAACUUCGUUUGAAGUGGAGGUUGAAUGGAAGACUAAAGUCGACUAAGUCCCACUGGGCUUAGAAUGAGGCUACAAUAGGCCAAACAGCAAGAUUUGCCCAAUAUAUAUUUCUACGACACUUCGCAGUCUUUGAACUCUUAAACACAUCAGACCGUUGCAUACGUACUACAAGACCGAAUUUAUUUGAUUUACGAGAUAAAAGUGAAAACACUGCCCAAGCUUACAGCGC